AUGUACCGCGCCCCUUCGCCUUACCGUGCUCCUUCGCCGUACAGAGCUCCUUCACCAUACAGAGCCCCGUCUCCCUACCAAGCCCCGAUAACCCCUUCGCCCUAUAACAACCAGCUCCAGGCCUACCCGACCUCCAAUAGCAGUCAAAAUGUCCCUGCUGCAGGCUCUAUCACCUACACAACGUCUACAUCGAACGAUGGACGUCUCAUCUACCAUCCUUUCAAAGCCGUCCCAGCGAGCUACAAGACACCCAACGGCAUCGUAACUGGCAUUCAGUGGAUCCCCGCGGAGGCUACUCAGGUUUUGCCGCCGGGCGCUCAACCGGCUAGUGAGGAUUUCACAGAGUCUUGGCAGCGUGGUGCUCUCGGUCCUGGCGACCGGGGCAUACUGAAAGACUGGCAACGGUCUGAAGAAAAACGAAGGAGAAAGGAAGAGAAAGAAUCCUCCAAACUGCUUAGGGAGAAGGAUUACCUAGCCCAGGCUCGCCGCGAUGAUCGUGACGAUGAGCUACGCUAUGCCCGUGAGCGAGAUGCCGUUGCUAGGGAACGCCGCAAGAGCUUCAAUGCAGGCGCUCCUGGAUCCCUGGCUUUCCCUACUUCUGGCGCUCCUGGUUAUGCUGGGUCUAGCGGAGCGUACUACCCUGACGCACCCGGCGGCGUCCCUGCAGGCGCUUAUGCCACGACAGGUUCCACAGGCAGCGCCUAUGGUCGUGAUCGAGGCGCCGCUGGCCUGGCAGACCAGUUCUCCGAGCUGAACAUUGAACACGGAGGUGACAGCGUCCUCGGCCGCCCGAGAAAGUACAGUACGCACGAGCCCGCCGCUGAGAGAGCUCGUAAGCAGAGCGGAAACUUUGGCCCGGGUGUUCCUGGAUAUGCAAGCAGCGGCAGUUCAUCCUAUGGUGCUCCUGCAGGACCCUAUGGCCCUGGAGGAACUCGAACAGGAUACACGGGUGGGCCCCAGUAUGCUGCUCCUACUCCAGUUGCGGGAGGUUAUGCUCCUGGCCCUGGUGCACCUUAUGCAGGUAGUAGCUCAUACCCAGGAAUGGAGGGAAACCUGGGCUCUCGUUCCCGUGCCGCGAGUCCCCUUCCUGGUGCCAUGGCACCGACUGCCGUCAUGCCCACUGCGUCCCCUAAUAUCGGCUUCGCCAACGAUCAACAGCAGCUCGCUGCCCCGGAAGGUUUCUCCAGGCCUAUCAAUGCCGCUUGUCCCUACACACCUUUCGAUGCUUUGAAAAUCCAGGACAUGGAUGCUUUCUUGGAGCAUAUCCCUCGUAUGCCUGCUGUUCUUCAGCCGCAUGACGUUUACAUCGAGGACUGGGCUCGUUUCGUGCAGGAUUUAUCCCUUGCCUGGGCUGGCAGGCUUCCCGUUCCUGGUGUGUCCAACGCUACCCACAAGCCCAAGAGGGCUACCCUCAGUGCAGAUCUCAUCGACUUGUGGAAUGCAUCGUUCUUCGUCAGUCGAGGCAUCGAAGCAGUCCUCUACAAAGGCCGAGAAAGACGUUCAGGGCCUAAUGUAGGUGUCGCCGACUUGCCGUUCGACUCUACAUCUUCAUCCUCUUCUGAUUCCGAAGUGUCUGCAACCGAGCGGUAUGAAGCCGCUCAGGCUGGAUAUGGUGGGAUGUAUGGGCGUGGGGGCUAUAAUCAAGAUAUCUUGGAUGCUAGACGAAGGCGUGCCGAGAUGAAGGCUGAGAAGAAGAAGAGGCGAAAGGAGAAGAAAAUCCGACGCAAGGAGAAGGCUAGGGCUAAGAAUUAUACCUUGGUUUUGACGUGCAUUCCUGCCGGUGUGAACCAAGGCGCCGGCGCUGGUGCGAUUCCUCCCAUGGGCGGACCCGGCAUGAUGCCAGGUGCAGGAUCGAUGCUGCAAGGUGGUCACGCAGGUAGUUUGGGAGGUAUCGGAAGCAUGGGGGGAAUUGGUGGAUACUGA